AGAGCCGCGCGGCAAGGAGGGCGGAGGUGCGCGCCGGCUGCAGGCGCUCGGGACGCCGCCGUCCGCCGCACACGUGCAGCCUCCGCCGCGCGCGCGCUCGCGGAGCUCCCGAUCCGCAAGCUCUGCGGCCUGCAAGGCCGUCCGGCACCAUGCACUCGCCGGGCUCCUCCGGCCCGGGCGACGCGCGCGCGGUUGACAUCAUGGACAUCUGCGAGUCAAUCCUGGAGAGGAAACGGCAUGACAGCGAGAGGUCCACGUGUAGCAUCCUGGAGCAGACAGACAUAGAAGCUGUGGAAGCGCUCGUUUGCAUGAGUUCUUGGGGUCAGAGAUCCCAGAUGAGACCCCUCACACCCGUCUCUGAUUCCGGUGACGUCACAAACACUGUGCUUAUGGACACAGCCGCACCUGACCUACCAAAGGACUUCCAUUCUUUUUCAACUCUGUGUAUAACUCCUCCUCAGAGCCCAGAGCUCAUGGAACCAUCGACAGGGACUCCUGUUCCUUCCCAAGUAACUAAUUCCAAAGGUUGCAUGGUCACCGCCCUCCCCUCAUCCCCCACUGUGUCCCCUAGAACGCUGAGCAGGAGGGAGCCUCUGGAGCCAGCCUCAGGGUCCUCCUGCAGGGCUGUGAUGACCAGUGUGAUCCGUCACACUGGGGAGGGUCCUGCUCCUUCGUGCUUUCCAACUGCCCUGGCUCAAGAGCAACAACCGCCUAGCAGCAGAGAAGGACAAGUAGAGAUGUUGGACCAGCGUGAAGCUUUGCAAGACACUCGCUUGGCAGAUGGUUUGCUUGUUUCUAACUUGGUUUCCUGUCAGCCUUGCUUGCACAAGUCCGGUGUCCCGUUCCCCACCUACCAAGGCCAGCAGACAGGAUGGCCCGCCGCCAUUCAGACCUGCUCACCAAAGAAUUCUGAAAAUGACUCGUCGAGGAAAACCACCCCUCUGAUUUCUGUCCCUGUCUCCACUCCCCCGGUCCUUUGCCAAAUGAUCCCCGUGGCUGCACAAAGCAGCCUGUUCUCAGCCUUUUUAAAGACUCCUCCUCAGUUGUCUGCGGGGACUGUCAAGCCGAUCCUACCCCAAGCUGCUGCGGUGCCCCAGCCUGUGUUCAUGGGCCCAUCCGUGCCUCAGGGAGCCGUGAUGCUGGUCUUGCCACAGAGCACCUUCCCCCAGCCUGCCACCUGCCCGUCCGGUGUCAUGGCCAUCGGGAAUACCAAGCUGUUGCCCCUUGCCCCUGCGCCAAUGUUCAUCGCCUCCAGCCAGAACUGUACCCCUCAGGUAGACUUUUCCCGAAGGAGGAACUAUGUUUGCAAUUUCCCAGGCUGCCGGAAGACAUACUUCAAAAGCUCCCACCUUAAGGCCCAUCUGCGCACCCACACAGGGGAGAAGCCCUUUACCUGCAGCUGGGAUGGCUGUGAGAAGAAGUUCGCAAGGUCAGAUGAACUGUCUCGCCACCGCAGAACUCACACUGGGGAGAAGAAGUUUGUGUGUCCUGUGUGUGACCGGCGCUUCAUGCGGAGCGACCACCUGACAAAGCAUGCCCGGCGCCACAUGACCACCAAGAAGAUCCCGGGCUGGCAGGCAGAGGUGGGCAAACUGAAUAGAAUCACCCUAGCAGAGAAGUCUGGGAGCAUCCUUGACCCCUUGCCGGCCUCGGGCUGAGAGGUUCCGUGACGCCCAUCACUUGUGGGCUUCUUCAAAACCUCCUCAGGAGCGGGGAAUGCGACCGUGUGUUCCUCUCCAAAAAAGAAACAAAAACAAAACAGACAAAAGCAUGGUCUCUGGGCUGUUGAAGUGGGGCGCCGGUUCUGAUGGAAGUACGUUAACUUUCCUUUCCUUGUUGGGACCCUAUUCAGUGUCUCUUGUAGUUUCAGGGCUAACUCUGUGUGUCUCCGUCGCUCUGUCUGUCCCUCUCUCCUCUCUCUCUUUCAUAAGGAAAUGGAAGAAAAUUUGAUCUAAAUCACCAGCAUUCAAACAAAUAUUUCGGCAAUAAAGUUUACAGAGUCUGGCUUUUUUUUUUUUUUACAGCCUUUCUAUUCUGUGUUUUGUAGAAAUGAGACAGGGUACUAAUUUUUAUACUUUUUUAUAAAAAUAUUUAUAUUGUGCUCAAAUCACCAAUUUCUGGUUAGACAGUUUUACAACCUCCUUUUUUUCCAGUGUUUUAUAACAAAGUUUUGUAAUGACCCUGCUUUAAGUUGGUCAGGAAAAAAAAAUCAAAAUCACAAAUUUGUUACCAGCCUUUUAUAGCAAAUGUUUUAGAUCAGAACUGGUUGAAUAAAGAGCUCUUAAAGGGGAAAAAAUAAACUUUGUAGUCAGCCUUUUUGUGUCAGUUUCAGGGGAAGUUGUAGCAGUCAGUCCUGUAGCCCACGAAAUUAAAUGUGGUUGGGUAGAGCUAGUCACGUGUCUGAUGUCCCUGUGGAGGGCCUGCCUGGACUGCUGACUGGCUGAGCCAGGGGUCACUGCGUGAUGUUGACUUGUGAGCCAUUUGUUGGCUGAGAGCAAAUGAUCCCAUGGCCUGUCUAUACUUCAGCACCAAGAAACAUGAAUUAGGGCACCGAGCUUUGUGGAUUGUCAGUUGGCUUCAGGUGUGGUUUUGUACUGCAUGAUGGUUCAGUGACCACACAGAGGAAAGCAAAUGUCUGUGCUGCUUGGAUAAACCCUCCUCCAAAGUGCAACUUAACACAAAGCAAGGUGCUUGUGCACAGUGGCCCCUGGGGUUCGGAUGCCUUCUUUAAUUAAGGACAAAACUCUGAGAAAUUCAUGUUCGCUAAAUGGCAGGGGAGGCCACUCAGCUGCCCUUCUGUUCACUGUGUGGGAAGGAAAUGAUGUCGCUCAGAUGAGAAGUCUUGCAAUGGGGAUUUUGUAGCUAACCUGAAGACAUCAUGGGCGUUGCUUUUAUGCAUUGUGAGAUGUGCCCUGCAUAUAGUGGCCAAAAACUGGCUUUAAUUAAAUGUUGGGAAGUCCAGGCAAUACAGUAAGAGACAACAAUAUAUUGCACUGUUUGGGCAGCCUGAAAAUAUUUUUGUGUGGUGUUGUAUUAGAUUUUGUAUUUGCCCUUUAAUACUGGCUUUUAACUAUUUAAAUGAUGGCAAGGUUGAAAUAUUCAUUUGAUAAAUGAGGUUUUGUGUUCAUGUCUUUUGCGACUUAUGAACCUUCACGAGGUUAUACAUUGUAUGUUACUUGAUUCCUGUUAAGCUGCCUUUGGUAGCCUCAAAGUUUUGUGUGUGUGUGUGUUCUUAGGAAAUGUCGGGACAGCUCUCCAGUCAGUUGUGUUUCAACAUAAGGUGGCCACAGGAGAACUAACUGUACAUAGCUCAUGAAUGUCCCAGUACCCUGGUCCUGUGCGCCACUCUGAUGAUUGUGCAAAUGGUUUAAAUGGCAUCCAACACGAGUGUCUUUGUUCAUUGUGACAUGCAGAGUGUGAUGUUCCUUGUCCUGGUGUCUCUGUGGGUAACGGAAGGUCUUGGAGUGUUCAGUCACUCAUCACAUAGGAUUUCAUUCUCUGACCAGUAUUGUUUCUAAAGUAACCAGUGUGGUGAAAUACCAUUAGGGUUCCAUUUCCUGAUUAGAUGUAGAAACCCCUUCUGCGGAAGAGCCCCUGAAAGACUAAGUUGGAAAACAAUUCCUUCGAAUAGGACUCCUGAACCCCAGAGCCCAGGGGGGCGCUGCUCCCUUGAGAGUCCUCCCUGACCCCCCAUGGUGAGGCACCCUCCCCCCCAGUGCACUUUAUCGUUUGAGCAGUUCUGCUUGAUUUUCUUUUUCUUUUUAACCUCUGAGUCUUUUGGUAGUUUAGUAAUAAAAAUUUAAAUGUUUCCAAUACUUAUGUUUUAUGUAACAGACUUUGACUUAUUUAAAUGAGUAUGUAUAAUGUAACCUUUUGCUUUGAAUCAUAUAAAACUUUCUUGGUUUGCA